CCUUGUAUCUUUUAUCUUUCACUCUUUGCAUUCUCCCUUUCUUUUUCCUUCUUCAAGGGAGAAGAGAACCCCAAAAAUGGCAGACUGCAAAAACGCCCAGCAGAAUGAGGAAACAUCAAAGGCCAAAUACGGAGGAUUGGUGCCAAAGAAGAAACCCUUAAUCUCAAAGGACCAUGAACGUGCUUUCUUUGAUUCAGCAGAUUGGGCAUUAUGUAAGCAAGGUGCAGCAGUAAAUGAGAAGUCAAGUGUGGCAAUCGAGAGUCUAAGACCGAAACUCAAGAGAACACCACAUCAACAGUUACCUCCGAGGAGACCUGCUUGUACAUCCGGUGGAGAUAAUAACACGGCUCCUAAACUGGUGUGAGAAGUUGAUGAAAUUGGGGCUUGUAUUAAUUACUACUACUUCUAUUAUUAUAAAAUAGUCUGGUUUGUUGAUUUCUGUAAUAAGCUCAUCUUGUAUACAUUCUUGCAAUGUGUUUAUCUCC